ACAAACGCAGACGAGUCAUAAUUGCAGCGGAGGCCACCAGCCACGAGGCGGUGGGGCGACUGAAAACCCGCCCACCGGCGGGAGCCAGGAUUGCCCUACUAGGGUGAGGGGCUUGGUAGUCAAACCGAGGCCCUUCCUCUGCCAGCACGUGCGAAGGCAGCUGCGAUCUGCCUGCCAGCGACCAUCGCCCCGCCGCCAGGUCUCUCAGAACCUCCCCAGUUUGCUGCUGCUGUUUGCACAGGAGCGGGAUUCUGCUGGCAGUUUGCAUUGCAAACAACCGCGCGCCGCCGACCUGGGAGGAGCGCGCAUCCCGCUGUCUGCAGGUCUCCACGUUUGCGGGACACGGAACAGGCGUCCGUGUGGAAUCAACUUUUUCCCUCUCUCUUUCUCUCUCUCUCUCUUUUUUAAAAGCAAAGAUCAGGCUUGUUGCUUGCGGCGGUGCCUCGGCUACCGUUUCUUCAGCAGACAAACUUUAUAACGGGAACUUGGAAUGGAAAUAGGCAUUUGGAGAGAUUAGUAGGGAAGAGCUAGAAACACCGGCCGGGACCGCCUGGUGCGAUCUGCAUGGUGCAAAGGAAAGGGUCGUCGCCGCUGAAUUCUUUUGGAGCUGCCCGAUGGACUUGGGCGUGAGGAUGGAAAAGAAAAGCAUGGACCAUUACCUGCGCCGUCUGAAGCAGGAGCUGUUAUCCAUGAAGGAGGUUGGGGACGGUCUGCAUGAACAGAUGAACUGCAUGAUGGGUGCUCUGCAAGAGCUGAAACUCCUCCAGGUCCAGACAGCCUUGGAGCAGCUGGAGAUUUCAAGCAAGCCAAACCAGGUUUCAGGAAUUGGCCAGCAUACGUAUUGUCAGAGCAAUAAAGAAGUGCCAAGGUUAAGAUGCGAAGCCACCAGGCAGAGUGAGAAACUGCUGGGAACAAGUUCUUUGGAGAGCUGCAGCUCUUCAGCUUUUUUAUGCUCUGCUCAGAUGCCACAGCCUACCAGCCCACUUUACCACAUUUCUUUGCCACAUAGUACCCAUGAGCACAUGACUUCAUCCCUUAGUAGCAUGAGCAGUGACGACUGCUAUCAUACCAGUGGGCUGUCAUCAACAGUGAGCACAGCAGAGUACCACUCACCUAGAACACUUGAUUCAUCCAGUGAGCAUAUGUCUAGAAGCUGGUUUUCUCAUGAUACAAGCAGCCUCUCUGAGAGUAAAUUUGGAUGCCAAGAAUGCCAGUUCUCUGAUGAGACCGAUGAUUGGACCUCUUCACUAAUGUCUCAAAGCAGGAACCGACAGCCUCUGGUCUUGGGUGACAACAUCUUUGCUGAUUUGGUUGGAAACUGGUUGGAUUUGCCAGAGAUAGACAAGAAAGGGGAAAAGAAUGAGACUUUAUCAGGCAGCAAAUCCCAGGAGUUCUACAAGAAGUUUUCCCUCACAGCCAAUAUAUUUAAGAAGUUCUUAAGGAGCGUCCGACCAGAUCGAGACAGAUUGCUGAAGGAGAAGCCUUGCUGGUUGCCAGCUGAAGACAAAAAGGCUGAAAUCUUAAAGAGGCCCAAAAAAGUAAACAAACAGAAGGGAAUUUUUUAUUUCCCAGUUCAUGGAAACUUAUCAAACACUCAGGACAAAGCCGAAAGGUGCCAAAAGAAGGAAACUAGCAAGGUCAAGUCUAAACAUUGUACCAAGGAGACCCACAACACAAUAGACUACAGUCAGUCAGGGUUUGAUUUUAACACAGCUGUAUGGGUCUGAAUUGCAUCAUGCCAUCUCCUUUGCCAAACAGGUCUGUUCCAAAACAGACUGGGAAAGGUAUUGGAGAUAUUUGCCAUGUAUGGACUGGGAUAAGGGAAAAGCAACAAUGUUCCUAGAAACAGAGAGUUGGAUCAAAUCACAUUGACUAAUACAACUUUAAGGAGAACUGUGCCUGUUUGAAAAAGGAAGUCAGAUUGUUGGCAGAAUCUCUCCAGAGCUAAUACUUGUGGUAAUUUUUCUCUGUUUGAGGACCAGAGGCAUGUCUUAAUUAGUCAAUCCCUCUGUCUUAUCUCCUAGAGAUCUCUUGUUUGCCACUCAUAAUAUUUAGUUCAUUUCUAAUUCAGGUGGGAACUGAAUGUUAGGUAAUCAGUGUGUGUUUGUGUGUUUAAUUUUUGUGUAUGUUAAAUUCUACAUUUCCUUGUGUGCACUAAAUCCUAGGUUAUUCACUAGGUAAAUGAAUAAGCACUUAUUGGUUCAGUUGAGAGUGAGGCUUGAAUUUCUGUAACUCCAGGACUUGAACAAUGGCUGAGAGAAAUUGGCUUGGCCCAGUCAUUGCACUGAGUAUUGAUUGCUCUUUUCUAAAGUAUUAUAUCUUGCUCACCUUCCAUACUCUGAACUGUCCUUGGGUGUGUCUGAGGAGUGCUGUAUAGUGAGUACAAAAUUGUUGCGGCUAUCAGGUUACCAUAAAUUCUUCACCCCUUCAUGUUGAUCUCAAAGCCUUAAAAUUCAGAUUCCACACUGAAGUCCCAAGUUGCAGUAGACCCUUCCCUAGUUUUGUUGUUCCAUUUCACAAUUUUUUUUGUAUCAAUUUAGUCUUGUGAUAAUUAGUUCUCCAGCAAUCAGCUGUCCAAGAAUGUACUAAUAAAGUGAUGUUCUUGUCUCCAAA